AUGUCCAUCCCCAAAGAGCAAAAGGCAGGCAGUGGUGGUGGAGCCGACAUCCAACUCCUGCAGCUUCCCCCAUCCCAUGCCCAUCCCCAGCCAUCACCUCCCCGAACUUCGCAAAGUGCGAUUUCUGCACACCUGUCUCUCCCUCGCCGUAGGAGUAUACGUCCGGAUGCAACGGCAUGCGACCGCCAAGGAAAAGAAAACCCAACGCAACGCUUGCAGCAAAGAAAAAAGCGCUCCUCGUCUAGCUAUAAUGUUCGCUACGAAUGCAAUGCGAGUAGUAAGAAAACCCCAGCUUGCGUCGUCCUCGUCCUCGUCCUCACCCAUCCCAUCGUUUAG